AUGGCGGACACGGACUUCAGCGAAGGCAUGCUCGAGUGCACCGUGGAUAAGCCCCAGAAAGAGAACGACGGCACCAAGGAUGCCUACAUAUCUUACCUUGUUACGACUAGGAGCGAUUUCCAGUCCUUCCAGCGGCCCGAGUUCACGGCGCGGCGACGCUUCACAGACUUUGUCUUCCUGUGGAAAACACUGAGCAAAGAGUAUCCGCAAUGCGCCGUGCCGCCGCUACCCGACAAGCACAAGAUGGAGUACGUGAGGGGAGACCGUUUCGGCCCGGACUUUACGCAACGGCGAGCGAGCUCACUGCGUCGCUUUCUCAAGCGCUUGACGCAGCACCCGGUGCUCCGCCGCUCCGCCAUCUUCCUGCUGUUCCUUGAGAGCAGCGAUUGGAACCAGACAAUGCGCUCGCGACCUCAGCGUAGUAUGAGCGGGACCAACGCAGAGCAAGCCUCAGGCGGCGUGUUCGACAGCUUCACAGACACGCUUAUGGGUGCAUUCAGCAAGGUGCACAAGCCGGACAAGCGCUUUGUGGACGUGCGCGAGCGGGCAGACAAGCUGGACGAGGACUUGGGACUGGUGGAGAAGGUGGUGACGCGCGUGGCCAGGCGACAGGGCGAUCUCUCGGCCGACUACGGCGACCUCGCGGCGCAAUGCCAGAAGCUAGUCGCGCUGGAAGCUGGCGUCGAGCAGUCGCUCACCAGCUUCGCGACCAGCGUUGAGACAACGAGCCAGGGCUUGCGCGGUCUUCACAACCACACCGAACACGACUACCUGGGUUCUCUCCGCGACAUGGAUGCCUACAUCGACGCGGUCAAGUUACUCCUCAAGACACGCGAGAACAAGCAACUGGACUUCGAAAGCCUGACCGACUACCUGACCAAGGCCGCGGCGGACCGUGACACGCUUGCCAGUGCCUCCAGCACGGCUGCGCUCGGCGCGUCCGGAUUCCUGCGUGCCAAGGUGGAGGACAUUCGUGGGGUGGACCAUGAGCAGAGCCGGCGUGACCGCGUGCGCAAGCUCGAGUUGCAAAUAGAGCGUCUGACGCGCGAAGUGGAGGAUGCAAAGAGGACGUCUGAAGCCUUCGACGAGCAGACGGUCAAGGAAAUCCAGGACUUUGAGCGGAUCAAAUCGCUGGAGUUCAAGGACACCCUGGGAGACCUGACGGACGCCCACAUCAACUUCUUCGCCAACACGGUAGAGACGUGGGAAGUGUUCCUCGAGCAGAUGGAACGGGAACAGAGAGAUCAGGCCGAAGCGCAGGCUACCGCGGCUUAG